AGUCCGUCAUCAAAGUUGAGUCCGCAUCGCGCCGCGCUAACGAGUGGAUGUGUACAAUAAUUUUUAAUUUUUGUGUUAUAUUAUGAAUAAAACUAUACACGUGACUUUAGCCACUAAUUAUGAAUACUAAUAAGAACUACAGUUGAGUGAAAGUGACGUGAAUUUACCCGCUAGAAUCGUACUAUACGUGGGCCGAGGUAACCCCCCCGCUACACCUCGACGGAAAGAGACGGGCUGCGGUUAGAUAAUUCGUCUCGCUUGCACAACAACUCAACUUUCCUGGAACUACACCUUGCUGCACCUCGAUAGAAAGAGACGGACUGCGACUAGAUAAUUCAUCUCGCUUGCACAACAACUCAACUUACUUCGAGCUACUGGUACCUUUUAUUGUAGUUAUUAUGGAAUGCCAAAAGUGCAAAAAAAGCCUAUCUAAAAAAGGAUCCCAUUUCAUUUGUCAAGGACCUUGCCAAGGAACUUUCCACCGGAACUGUGUGAAGGGAUUAGCCGCUGAUAUGAAAGCGGGUAAAAACAGAAUUUACUGCAAUAAUUGUGAGGAGGAGGAGGGAAGUGAUGAUGAUGAACCAGAUGCAGAAGAGGAUACUUGUGACCUUCAAAAAAUGUUGAAAGACAUACAAAAAAAGGUUGGCGCCAUACCUGAACUAAAAGUACAUCUAGAUGUAAUCAAGCACAGCAUAAGUUUACUGUCUGAUAAGUACGACUCCCUUAUAAAGGAGCACGAACAAGCUAAGGAUAAAAUUGCUAAGCUUGAGAAGUCAUCAUUAAACACUACCAAUAGAUGUGUAUACUUAGAGAAGUGCAACUUAGCUCUCGAACAAAAACUGAACGAAUAUGAGCAAUCAUCGCGCAAACUUAACAUUGAAAUCGUAGGAGUAGAAUACCUACCUAAUGAAAAUGUGAAAGAUAUAGUAACUAAAAUAGGUGAUGAAAUAGGAGUGAGUAGUCACAACAUCGAGUGGGUGAAGCGUAGUCGACCAGCAAAACAAGGGGCAAAACCAUCUCCUAUAAUCAUAGGAUUCAAGGCAUCAGGAGUGGAAUGCAGAAAUAAAUGGUUGGAGAAGCGCCGCCAGAUGUUUGAAAAAUCCAUAACCAGUAACAUGAUUAUUCCCGGCGGAUCGGUAAACAACAGAAUAUAUAUUAAUGAAGAUCUCAUACCCACAACAAGAGCCUUGUUAUGGAACGCGAAAAAACAACUCCAUGGUGUCUGCAAAUAUAUUUGGGUAACAAACGGAAAAAUCCUGGUGAAAAAAGCGGAAGGCGAAAAAACCAUAUGGUUAAGGUCUCAAAGUGAUAUAAGUGAUUUAAUGAAAUGAAUGUUGAAACUAUGGACGUUCUAGAUUGCAGGUACCUACUUUUUAUUUAUAUUAUUACCAUAUGUUUUACCUAUGUCUACCUAAAUUAAGUAAAAUUCGCAGAUUUCAAUGAUAUUAAUAUAAUAAACGAAAAUAUUGUAAACUAUAACUCUGUUGAUGAUAUUAAUGUUUGGUUAAAACCAUUAAAACCAUUCGCAAACACAAAAACACUAAGUGUAUUACAUAUAAAUAUACGUUCUAUAGUUAAACACUUUAGUGAAUUGUUAGUAACAAUAGGCAAUUGCCUCGAUUUGUUAGAUAUAAUAGUUUUAACAGAGUCUAAUAUAAAUUACUCAUUAUUAUCAUUUUAUAAUAUUAAAGGGUACAACCUAAACAGUUAUGUUAGAACGGGUCGUAGCGGUGGUGGCGUGUUGGUGUAUACGCGCGCUGAGUUGUGUGCAUGUGUGUGUGACCUAGCAACACCCGCAAAUUGUGCUCGGGCGGCGGAGUACGUUUCCAUUACACUUGAUUAUAAUAAUGAACAGAUACACCUUUUAU